CAGGAAAAUGUCAAUGUGUAAUCUCUAGUAGCUUCUCAGAAGACUAGAAAAGAAUUGUAAAGAUUUCAAUAGUUACUCACUGUUGAAAUAUGGGCAUCAAUAUUGUAGUAAAGUAUGUCUAUAUAAUUUAAUCAAGAAUGCUAAUGUCACUUGUAAUUCUUCGGUGCUUCUUGUGCUUAAUUACAAAAUUCUUCCACGAAAAUUUUGGAAUCGUGAAUUUUGAGUAAGAAACUGUCAGUUCAACUCAAAGUUCACCUGCUUAUCUUUUAUUACUAUCAAUAGCUGAAAGAUAAAAACUCGCUGAAUUCUUCAAUGUAUUCACCCAAAUGACUGAUUGUCUCUUCACACCAAAAUAUUGCUUCUGUUUGAAUUUUGUAGAUGGAAGAGAGUAGAUGUAAUUGUUUCAUGUAAGGCAUUCUUUAAGGAUAGGAAUUUCUGCUUAAUGCAUGAGUGCUGAAUGUGCAUGGUCAUGCUCAUUUCUUGGAACCUGAUUUGUAUUAUAUUCUAUGCAUGAAUAAUUUAGAUGAGUGGCUUAAGAAUGAAGGUUGCUGGAAGAUUUAAGCCUUGUGAACACAUGGGCUGUUUCGAUCUUGAAGUUUUUGUGGAAAUGAACCAGCGAUGUAGGAAGUGGCAAUGCCCUAUUUGUCUCAAGAACUACUCUUUGGAGAAAAUUAUCAUAGAUCCAUUUUUCAAUCGGAUCACAUCUAAGAUGCGGAAUUGUGAAGAUGAUAUGGCAGAGAUUGAAGUAAAGGCUGAUGGCUCUUGGCGUGUGAAGGCAGAAGGCAAUCAUAGGGGUCUUGGGGAUCUUGGACUAUGGCACUUACCUGAUGGAACUCUCUCUGUUGAUGGAGGAUCAAAACCUGAAUCAGAACUAAAACUAAUCAAACGGGAAGGUUUGCCUGACAGUCGUGCUGGUCUGAAACUGGGAAUGAAGAAAAACCAAAAUGGUUGCUGGCAAUUCAACAAACCUGAUGAUACCCGGAGUAUGCUAUCUGCAAAUAGAUUACCAGAAAAUUUUAGGGAUAAUGGUCAGAAUAUUAUUCCUAUGAACAGUAGUGCCACUGGCAAUGGCAGAGAUGGUGAAGAUGCUUGUGUUAUCCAGGAUGGUGGGGGGAACUUUAAUUUUUCAACAAACAAUGGUAUUGAGCUUGACUCUAUUUCUGUGAAUGUUGAUCCAACAUAUGGUUUUUGUGACCCAAGUUCAUCUUCAGCAUUUUUGGAUGCUGAACUCAUUGUCCUCAGUGAUUCAGAAGAAGAAAAUGAACCAGCGACGACUUCUCGAGAUGUCUACAAGAAUAAUUGGACAGACACUGGUGGAGUCUCUCUUCCAUCUGCUCAGCAUGGAAUUCCUAAUUCUUAUCAUGGAAAUCCAGCUCUUGGUAAUGCUGGAAGUUCAUGCCUUGGGGUUCUCAGUUCUAAUGAUGAUGAUUUUGGAACGCAUACUUGGUCUUUGCCUUCUGGUAGUCAGGGUGGCCCUGGUUUUCGGUUAUUUGAUUCAGAUGCAGAUGUUUAUGGUGCAUUGAACGAUAUGCAGUAUGGGUUUAUUAAUUGUCCGAAGUCUAUUAGUGGCUAUUCGUUGACUGCAGAGAGUGCUAUGGGAUCUGCUGCAGUUUUUUCCAAGUCUUCUGUUCGCUGCUGUAAAAUGAAUGAUGGCUUAACUGAUAAUCCCUUAGCAUUUAGCAGUGGUGAUCCUUCACUGCAAAUGCUUCUCCCCACAAGGCCAUUGGAGUCAUUGGCGCAGGCUGAGUUGAGAGACCAUCCAGAUGUUUCAAAUGGUAUCUGUACUGAGGAUUGGAUUCCUCUGAAGCUUGGGGGUGGUGGACGAGGUGGUCAUGGUGAGACUGCUGGUGCAAAUGUUUUAAAAUCCAGUCAGCAAUCACAAUCCAAGAAUGGUGCUUUGAAUUCAUUAGCGGACACUGGUAUGUGACGCUAUCAGGUUCAAUCUGUGUGUGUGUGUGUGUGUGUGUGUGUGU